CCGGGCCUGCCCCCGUCCCCCCGGGCGUCCCCGCGGCCGCCGCCCCCGCCCCCGGCCGGCCUGGCCAUGGCGGCCAUCCGCAAGAAGCUGGUGGUGGUGGGCGACGGCGCGUGCGGCAAGACGUGCCUGCUGAUCGUGUUCAGCAAGGACGAGUUCCCCGAGGUGUACGUGCCCACCGUGUUCGAGAACUACGUGGCCGACAUCGAGGUGGACAGCAAGCAGGUGGAGCUGGCGCUCUGGGACACGGCCGGCCAAGAGGACUACGACCGCCUGCGGCCGCUCUCCUACCCGGACACGGACGUGAUCCUCAUGUGCUUCUCGGUGGACAGCCCGGACUCGCUGGAGAACAUCCCCGAGAAGUGGGUGCCCGAGGUGAAGCACUUCUGCCCCAACGUGCCCAUCAUCCUGGUGGCCAACAAGAAGGACCUCCGCAACGACGAGCACGUGCGCAACGAGCUGGCGCGCAUGAAGCAGGAGCCGGUGCGCACCGAGGACGGCCGCGCCAUGGCCGUGCGCAUCCAGGCCUACGACUACCUCGAGUGCUCGGCCAAGACCAAGGAGGGCGUGCGCGAGGUCUUCGAGACGGCCACCCGCGCCGCGCUCCAGAAGCGCUACGGCUCGCAGACGGGCUGCGUCAAUUGCUGCAAGGUGCUCUGAGCCCCGACGCCGACGCCGCGGCCGCCCGGCCCGGGAGGCCGCGCACGGACAAAGGCCGGGGCCCCGCCGACGGGCUCGCUAUCCGCCACCCGGCUCCGCAGCCGCCGGAGCCCGUGCGGCUUUUGGGGACCUAGCGCCGCCCCGGAGAGCCUGGGCGCGGGCGGGAGGCUGGGUGCGGUGCGUUUGUGUAUGUGCGGGAGUGCGCGCGUGUGCGCGCACGGCCGCCCGAGCCCCGAUAAUGGGAAGAAAGCCUCCCGAUGGCGGCCGCGCUCCCCGCCCGGAGCUCGGCGCGGGAGUGAGUGGGCACCGCCCCCGCCCUGCUGCUGAGCUCGGCAUUCCUGCCUCCUUUCUUCCCAAGCUCUCCGCCCGCCCCCCUCGAUGUUGGGCCUGGCUGUUCCUUGGGGGGUGUGUCUCCAAUGCGGGUGGGGGGAUGGGGCGGGGGUGGGCACUGUUACAUAGUGAUAAAUAUAAUUUUAUUUUUUGGCAGUAGGAUCUGUGAAAGGCCUGCUCUUAUUUAAGGAGGGGGGAGGGGAGAGCAGCCGAGCAUUUGGGGACCUCCUCUCCCCCUGCCGCCCGUGCCCGGCGCAGGGAUUGAACGGAUUUGCACCCCUGGAAGAUUGUGAGACUGCCGGGGGCCGGGGGCCGGGAGCACAGCUUAAGCAGGCCCCUGGGCUGAGCUCGGCCCUUCUGGGGGUGGGGGGAGGAAUCUCGCCCAAGUGAACUCGGUGCCUGUUUCCUGCCCGCCCCCUCGUUUUCUCCGUGGGCUUCGCCUAAAGCGGAGAGGGAAGUCGGGGCUUUAUUCCCCCCUCCCCCCAUUCAGCCGAGCCACCAUUGCACAAAGGCCUUCUUCCUCCCCACCGGGCCCGGGCCACCUCCGCCUGCCGCCCCCCGGUGUUGUCACCCGGUCUGGGUUUUUUAAAAACCCUGGAGGAGAAGAAACCGCUGUAAGAUUGUUUUUCCUCCAAAUGCCAGGCGCCGCUGAGGGGAGGGGGAGGGGUCGCCUUUGUGCCCAGCGGGCACCUUUGGUAAAGGGCUGUGGACGGCGUGGGGUCUAUUGAAACAAUCUCGCCAGGCGGCCCGGCCUUCGGGACCGCGCAGGCGUCUCUGGGGAGGCGGCCUGCCCCCCUUUGUCGUUGUCGCAUCCCCUCCGCCCCUCCCCCCAGCGGUACUUUGACCAGAGUCUGGGUUUUUAUUUUUAUUUUUAUUUUUUAAAUAAACUGACCGUUGAUAAAGUGAUCAUCACUUCCAUAAAGGUGUUUACAUGAUAUGCUCUAAAGCUUGUGCACAAAGGUUUUUUGUCAAACAUUAAAAGAUUUCAGCGAUUUCACAA